GCUGAUCUAGACCUUUCUUGCAUAUUAAUUUCUUCUGAAGGAAAAUUUUCAAAGUUUUUCCAAAUACUUUUAAAGUUUAUAUGAUUGUCUAUAAGAAGUGGUUAAUCAGCAUGUUCACUACUUUAUUUAUAAUCCGUUUGAUUGUUGGGUGUUUAGCCUGCAUACUUGGUAUACCUGGUAACAUAGCAAUUGUCGUCGUCUUUACAAAGCAAGGUAUUAAGAAUGCUACCGAUGUUACCUUCAUCGCCCUUGCAGUUGUCGACGUCAUUGCUUGUAUCAUGAACGGGAUGAAGAUACCCAUAGCUUUCUUUCAUGAUGAGCAUCCUUGGGCAUGUUAUAUCGAGGUGAUUGGAGCGAGAUCACCUCUCUAUGCCGGAUUGUUUUUGACCAUCUCGAUAGCGUUUUAUCGCUACCAAGCGGUAUGUAAGCCAUUUGACAGACGAUUCGGACGACGAGCUUCCACACUGGUCUCUAUCUGUUGUCCCAUCAUCGCCUUCGGUCUUCAUAUACCGUUCUUUUUCAUCACAAAGUCUCUAAAACGUCGUGGGCAGUAUGGAUGCAAUGUAUACGGUGAUAUUUCUUGGGGGCGUGACGUAUAUGCCAAGUCUCAAGCAAUUGUAUUCUUUGUUUCUGCGUUGGUUAUAACAGCUUUAUAUAUUCGUAUUUACAAGUUCAUUCGUGCUCAUCAGAUCAUUCGUCAACAAAUGACCAACAUAUAUAGUUCCGAUUGCCAAGGACGUCCAGGUGAAAAUAUAGAUACAAAAGCCGACUCUGUCCUUUCAGUAAGUGGCGAUAUAUCAAAAUCAGAUAUUACCGUUUCAGCAGAAGGAGAAUCCAUCGGAAUUACUGAAAUGACAUCUUCAGUAGAUAUCAAACCAGCCAAAUUGAAGAAGGCAUUCCAGAAAGCAACAAGUCACAAGAUGAAAGGAUCAUCAAAGAAGCUCCAUAGCCACCAAUCAGACCAUAAAACAACUCAAGUCGUCAUCAUUAUUACCGUCUUGUUUUUUCUUCUCUGGCUCCCGAAUAUUGUUAUCGAUCAGAUUCCUAAUGAUCAAAUCACUCGCAUUCUCUUGGCGAAAGACAACGGAUCUCUCAUAUUUUAUUUCACUCUUCAAGUCAAGUAUAUUAGUCAUAUCACCAAUGUAUUUGUUUAUAUUUUGGCAUUCCGUCGUUUCAGACAGACAUGUUGUCGUUUAUUUUAAUAGUUACAUUGUCAUCAGUGAGUAUAUCAUGAUGAUAAUAAUACAGGACCAUAGGCUGAUCCAGGGAGCCGAGCC